ACAAAGAGAGUGGGCGCUCAUUGGCUCCGGCCGUGUGCGCUCCGUUGUCCCCCCAGCGAGAGCAGCUCAGCCCCUAUUCACAUGUUAAUAAGCCCCUAUAAAUACUAACAGCCACUCAGCGCCGGCAGCACGUCUCACUAGGAUUGCACAAUAAACACAGGGCGCCUCGCCUGUGAGUUUGGUCGAUUUUCAGUUUUUUUUUCUUUUCUUCUUGUAACCGGUUCCGUUUGCCAGCUGCCUUUCGCUGACGGGAGAGAGCGAGCAGUAGGAGAAGCCACAGAAGCGGCGAUCCAAACCAACAUGGCCCCCUCGGCUCGGCCCAGCGACACCGGACUCGAUAUGGAGGAAGAGGAGUCGUACUACGGGAUUCAGAAAGGGGACAGAAAGACCAGGAAACCGCUGGUGGAGAAGAAGAGGCGAGCUCGCAUCAACGAGAGUCUGCACGAGCUGCGGACUUUGCUGGCGGACACGGACUUUCAUUCCAAGAUGGAGAACGCAGAGGUGCUGGAGAUGACGGUGAAGAAGGUGGAGGAUGUUCUGAAGAACCGAACCCAAGAAACAGACGCACUCAGCCGAGAAGCCAGCGAGCGGUUCGCGGCCGGCUACAUCCAGUGCAUGCACGAGGUGCACACGUUUGUGUCCAGCUGUCCCGGGAUAGACGCCACGGUGGCGGCGGAGCUCCUCAACCACCUCCUGGAGUGCAUGCCCCUGAACGAGGACCACCUCCAGGACGUGCUGAUGGAUCUAAUCACUGACACUCCUGGGAGCAACGGCAGCACUUGGCACGGAGGCGACGAGUCGCCGUGCUUGACCCCGGCGUCGCCCGGAGGAAGGAGUCUGUCCGGCGGCUUGUCCCCGGCCCCCUCCACCGCGUCCAGCGAGGACCUGUGCUCCGACCUCGACGAGACCGACAGCGAGCACAACCAGAGCUCCUCCGAGGGCCCGGAGAAUAGGGAGGCCCUGAGCAUGCCCACCGUGACCUACCCCCGGUCUAUGUGGAGACCCUGGUAGGGGUCUGGGCGUUUGGAUGGAAUGCAGUCGGGAUGUGUUGCAGCAGCUUCCUCAUACGAUGUGACACCGGGACCGCUUACUGAAAGGGAAAAGUCCACUCUACAACACAUUCAAAGACAAUUUUCGGUGGUGUAACCUGCAUUUCUCUGCUCAUUUACGCCUGCAGAUAACCGGCCACAUGCAUGGAUUUUCUUCUGGAUUCCUCACAUUGAUGUUCAAUAAUCAAACCUGCUCUCUAAGACACAGAGACCCGUUUGUCCACUGACAACAGCGGACGAAUAAUUGAUCCCAAUGCAGUGCAUCCGCGGACCGCGUGGCGUUGUGUGGAGGGACCCUGGCUUUUCUCUUCACCCACAACCCAAUGCGGCAAGUUUAAAUCCUGUCCUCGGCAUUCUGGGAAAAUGUAGGACAUCACUCAGUGAAACAGCAGUAGAAAUUCACUCCUCAAGUGUUCACGGUUGAAGUUUUCCUUUAUCUCAUCACAGGGGGCCUUCCUUUUCAAGGGCCUCCUCCAGCUCUGGGGCCUCCUGAAAGUACAGGGUCCUGUGUUGUGACUUUACUUUACACCUGGAGAGAGAUGAAAAGCCUUCUCUCUCUCAACAUUCACUUAUAACCCAACGAAGGACAGACGAGGAACUGCUCACCUUCACACUUUGAUUUUGUGUCAAUAACUCUGUGUAUAUAUAUUUGUAUGUGGAGAAAAGCUCUUUUAGAAACCCGAGAAGUUUGGCAAUGCCUCUGAUUAAUAUAAAUAUUUCUAUUGUAUUUCAUGAAGGCCUGUAGUUUAUCGGACCAGUAGCCUCAUCCAGAAUGACCACUUCAUGUUGUAAUGAUGUUUAGAAAUGCCCGUAAAAUGUCUGAAUUUUGCUAAAUAAAAUUCUGUAAUUGAAAAGCUUUUGUCCGAUUGACUCAACACCGGAGAGGAAACAGGAUCAAAAACUUGGAACUUAAAUAAAAAAUAAUAAUAAUAAAAAACUGUGAGAUGAAA